AUGCAUGGGACAGUCACCUUGAACAACAAUCCUGCCAGACUUGAGGCAGAGCUCAAGGAGUCAAUUGUAGACAAGUUCAACAUUGCCAAAAAUAUGCUAGAAGGACUUGAAGAUACAAUCCCUGCAUUUGACAAGAAUUUUGAGCCAGUUGAGCAACCAGCCAAGGAAGGCAAGCAUGGCAAGGAAAACAAGGGUAGCAAGAAUGGCAAGGACAAGGAUAGUAAGAAUGGUGCAAAUGGCAAGGACAGCAAGGAUGACCAUGUGGGUAGGGAUAGGCCACUCCCUGCCAGGUUCCAAGGCAAGAACACUGAAGAGUAUGGGCCUGGCAAGGUUCCUGAUGGCACAGAGAUACUCAAAGUCAUUUAUCAACCACCAACAACCAAGCCUACCACUGAAGCCUGCAAUUCCCCCAUUUGGGAUCUUGAGGAGGAUGAACAGCCUCCAGCCAAACCUCUCAAGAUGGUGUUGCUAACCAAGAGCCACCCACCCCUUUCCAGGCACAUUGUUCUCAGUUCAUCAACUGCUUGCACUAGUGCAGGACCACCUAUGCCUAUCAAAGCCCCUAAACCAACAGUCCCAGCUCCACCCCCCUUCUUGCUCUCAAAAACAAGCAGCAUUGUGCUGGUCAAAUCUGGGUUGGCUUCUGUUAUUGCCACAGAGGUCAAGCUGGAGGGAAGUGUGGUUGCAUCUGGAUCAAAGACUGGCAUGUCCAUCAGAGUUGCCCAGAGUCCAACCAUCAAGAAGCCUAGACUUGAUAGCCCUAAUGACAAAGCACAACUUGAGUAUGUUGUCCCAAAGCACUCAGUAGGCAGCAAGGUGGUCACUACAAAAGGAACAAAACAUGUAUCAAACCCCACCAAGGCUAAUGGGUCACCCACAAAGAAGAGAUCAAAUGGGAAGGAGUGCAAGGAAGUAGUAGAAACUAGCAGUGAUGAUGAGCACAUUGGCAAACUGGUUGGUAAGAAGGAGGCAAGCAACACUGCAACCAUUGUAGUCAUGGAUAGCAAGUGCAAGAUCCAUGUAGUUUAG